GCUGUGCGCUCGCGCUCAGUACAAAGACAGAACCAAACCGUUCACUUUAAUACAUUUAUUUAAUAUCUUUGUAUUAUUAUCAUUUUUCCGUACUUUAAGAGUUUCGCCAAACCCCUCAAACAGUUCUCCCGACAGGGCAGACAACUUAUCUGCGAGGCGAGCUGUAAUUUAUUGUGAAAGUUGGAUUAGAGCGGAGCCGCGUGAACUCACCGGGAAUACGCGGCUCAGAUGAUGAGCAGCGGUGAAAGAUCACAUCUGCAGAAUCGGCGGAAUCCCGUGCUGUCAACGGCAGCGUGGCCAGUGUAGAUAAGCCCCCUCAUGAAGUGAAAACUCUUCUCAGCUCUGCAGUAUCCCAUCCCAGCACCAACAGCAGAAAUAAGGGAUGUCACAGCUGUUCCUCUUUUUGGCAGUGCUCAUUGUCUCCUGCAGUAUCCAGGUUUCUGCUGUUGUUUCCCUGCAAAAGGUGACGGAGCGCUGGGAAUUGUACAGGAAAGAGUGUGAACGCAACAACAGCCAAGAUCCACCAAGCACCGACCUCGUGUGCAACAGGACUUUUAACAAUUAUGCCUGUUGGCCCGAUGGACUCCCUAACACUACUGUUGUUGUGCCAUGCCCGUGGUAUUUGCCAUGGCACCGUAAAGUUCAGCAUGGCGUGGUGUAUCAGGAAUGUGAUGUGAAUGGCCAGUGGGUGACUACAUAUAAUACCAGCGAGUGUGAUUCUCAUGAACAAGCACCACAUCUGCAGUACUAUGUCCAUAUUCGGAUCAUGUACACGGUGGGCUAUUCCUUAUCCCUGGUGGCUUUAGUGUUGGCUCUUGGCAUCCUCAUAUUCUUUAGGAAACUCCACUGCAUGAGGAACAACAUCCACAUGAAUCUUUUUGCCUCUUUCAUCCUGCGAGCUUUGUCUGUCCUCAUCAAAGAUGCUCUGUUCGAAACCAGCCACAUAGCACAGGGCCUGAACAGAGACGAGGAGCAGGGAUUCCCCCCUGCAUCUAUAGCUCCAAUAGAGCUGCUGGUCAACAACGAGACAAUGGUCAGCUGUCGCAUUGCCAUGGUUAUGAUGCAGUAUAGUAUCAUGGCUAACAGCUACUGGUUGCUGGUGGAAGGCAUCUACCUCCACAACCUCCUGGUCAUCACUGUGUUUACGGAGAGGAACUACUUCAAAAUUUACCAGUGCAUCGGUUGGGGUACCCCAUUAAUAUUCCUGGUGCCAUGGGUGGCGAUUAAAUACCUGUAUGAAAAUCAGGAUUGCUGGGAGCAAAAUAUAAACAUGAAAUACUGGUGGAUCAUACGCGCUCCGAUACUGGCAGCUGUUAUGAUCAACUUCCUUAUCUUCAUCCAUAUCAUCAAAAUUCUCGUGUCAAAGCUCCGAGCACACCAAAUGAGAUACACAGACUAUAAGUUUCGGUUGGCUAAGUCAACGCUAACUUUGAUCCCGCUGCUCGGGAUCCAUAAUGUGGUCUUUAUCUUCGCAACAGAUGAGUCCACCAGUGGCAGCAUCGGCUUGCGUCUCACCAGGCUCUUCUCUGACCUCUUCUUCUCCUCCUUCCAGGGUCUCCUGGUGGCAAUCUUGUACUGCUUUGUCAACAAAGAAGUGCAGUCUGAGAUCCUGAAGAAGUGGAAGCGCUGGAAGCUAGGGAGGAACAUUGAGGAGGAGUACCGCCACACCUAUAGCAAUACCCCAAACACAAAAACAACCAGUCUCUUAAACCACGCCCCUCGAAUGCCUCACCUCCCAGACAUCGCCAAAACCACCGCCCCAGUCUGUAGCCCCGAGGAGAGGCACAUGCUCGUCGCUAGCAACCAAAAUGGCAUGGUCCACAGUACGGAGGAAGGGAAGUGUGCCUCACUGCUGCACGAGGGGACCAUCAGUAACUAUAUCCUGGUAGAGGACAUCAGCAUUACUGACAAGCUGCAGUGUUACGAAGUGCAGAAAGAGAACGUGGAGAGCCACCUGUGAAAGCUACUGGGACUACUUAAAAAAGGAAGUUGGAUGGCUUUGGGCUCUCAUCGUGCUCUGACAGACUGACCUGCUCAGCUGUAAAGAGUCAAGUUAAUGGUGUCACUUUUCAGGUCGGCCCUCAGAGAUCUGCGUCACUGGAGAGCUGUCGCCACAGUCUGAGAGGAGGAUCAGGAAGGGCAUCCACGCUGACAUUUCGAAUGUGCUGCGAGUCUCGUGAACGGAUUAGUUUAGAUGUUUUUUAGCACAGAAUAAUAAGCUGCUGCAUGCUGAACAAUUUUUGCAACAGCAUCCCGAGGCAGAUAAGCCACGGAAGAUCGUAAUGACAUACCAAACAUGAAACCUGAAGUAACAAAAAAAUAAAUAAAUAAACCCCAACUGUAAGGGUCACAGGGUCCUUGCUUGAGCCUCUGCUUUAACUUAUCCUAUCUAUCAAAUUUCUGGUACUAAAGUUUAAAUACAAAGAGAGCAUUGAACUGAAUACACACAAAAAAGACUACAAAAUAUACAAAAUAACAUGUAGGUAGGAACAGAUGGGAAACCUU